GUUAGUGUCCACGGUGGACCAGAACCAGGUGAGGCUGGCUGCUAGUAAUUACAACCUGAGGAGUGACUCAUGGAGGAUUGGCUGAACAAAAAUGACAUCAUGAAUAUCUCUCUGCUCCUUCAGAGGAGCGGAGCGCCGAUCCUCCGGAGCGCCUGUUCGGUAUGGAGCGGCUCCACGAGCGCUCAUCUCCGGUUCGGUCCAAACGCGCUCCGCACCGGUACCAGCUCUGAUUAGACCUGUGAACCACACGAACACAGGCUCGCCACACAGUCACCGAGAGGCAAACUAACUCUGUAGAAGAUUUAGACAUUGGAGGACCGAACCGAACCGGAGCGGAACCGGCACAGUCGGUGGACAAACUUCUCGCCUUUCACGCGUUUUGCCAUGAAAACAUGAGUAAUGAGAGCAGUGAAGUUGGAGGCUUUCAGCCUCUCUGGAACUUCAACGAAUCCUUGGUCAACCAGUCAGCUGACCUGUUCUCCAACGUCUCCUGUAACGAGUCCUCCAACAGCUCAACCUCCUGCUCUCUGGCUGAUAACGAAGUGCCAACUGGAAAUCCCUAUAAAACCGUUGAGAUGUUUUUUAUCGCCCUGGUAACAGGAUCUCUAAGCUUCGUGACAGUCACAGGAAAUAUCCUGGUCAUGCUGUCCAUCAAAGUGAACCGCCACCUUCAGACUGUCAACAAUUACUUCCUUUUUUCGUUAGCAUGUGCUGACUUGAUCAUCGGGGUUUUCAGCAUGAAUUUGUACACACUCUACAUCAUCGUUGGCUACUGGCCUCUUGGGCCAGUGGUUUGUGAUUUGUGGCUAGCCCUAGAUUACGUCGUCUCAAACGCCUCUGUGAUGAAUUUAUUGAUCAUAAGCUUUGACCGCUACUUCUGCGUAACCAAACCUUUGACGUACCCAGCCAGAAGGACCACCAAGAUGGCGGGAUUAAUGAUCGCAGCAGCGUGGAUACUGUCCUUCAUCCUGUGGGCUCCUGCCAUCUUGUUCUGGCAGUUCAUUGUUGGCCAAAGAACGGUACCACCUGGAGAGUGUUACAUUCAGUUCCUUUCUAAUCCUGCGGUGACAUUUGGGACGGCUAUCGCUGCUUUCUAUCUGCCUGUCGUUAUCAUGACAGUCUUAUACAUCAACAUCUCUUUGGCUUCCAGAAGCAGGGUCUCCAAACACAAACCUGAGAAGAAAGAGAAGAAGGGGAUAAAAACUCCCAACCUAAUAAAGAGUCACCUGAUAAAGCAAAACAAUAACAAUGAGACUAGUCCCCAAGCAAGUCCUCGCUCCACCCCUAAACUCAGUCUGGACUCGACCACUACGGCUCUGGAGUCUGUGAAGAACGGCAGGGUGGAGGACCCAAAGCCCGCUCAGCCAGAGCCAACAGCACAUCCUAGUCCCAGACUGGCACAGGAGGAAAAAGAGAGCUCCAACGACUCGUCCACAGCGUUCAUUCCUCCAACAGACCCAAAGGCCAACAACGAGGUGACGACUGAGGCUGCAACCAAUCUCACUCCAGUUGUCACAACUACAACAUCCAACUCCACCGUGCCCAAGGCCAAUCCCACCUCCAGGUGGUCCAAGAUAAAGAUUGUGACCAAGCAGGCUGGAGAUGAGUGCAUCACAGCUAUAGAGAUCGUCCCACCUGUAGAAGGGGCUGAGAGGCGCUCCAUCCCCAUCAGCCGUCCCAGGACCGUGGCGAGGAAGUUUGCAAGCAUUGCCAGAAGCCAAGUGAAGAGGAAAAGACAGAUGGCUGCAAGAGAGAAGAAAGUAACCAAGACAAUCUUCGCCAUCCUGCUGGCUUUUAUCAUAACAUGGACACCGUACAAUGUCAUGGUGCUGAUAUCAACGUUCUGUCAGUCCUGUGUCCCUGACACGGUGUGGGCGAUCGGCUACUGGCUGUGUUAUGUCAACUCCACCAUCAACCCGGCUUGUUAUGCACUGUGCAAUGCCACCUUCAAGAAGACUUUCAAAAACCUGCUGCUGUGCCAGUACAAGAACAUAGGUACAAGAUGAGAGGAAGGUGGACGGUUGGGGUGGAGUGGGGUU